AUGAGUACAGCACAGUCAAAGUUCCGGGUGGUCAUUGUGGGCGGAUCCAUCGCGGGUCUGACCCUCGCCCACUGCCUUUGGAGGAACAACAUCGAUUUUGUCGUAUUGGAAGCGUAUCGAGAGAUUGCACCCCAGGUGGGUGCUUCGAUUGGUAUCUUUGCCAAUGGCGCUCGCAUCCUCGAUCAGCUGGGCAUGUUUGAUGACCUGUUGAGCGCUGUUGAACCUCUCCAGUAUGGAUCAUACUGGAACGACAAUGGAGACCUUAUCAUGAGCGCGGAGACUCACAAGCUACUGCAGGAGAGACAUGGGUAUCCGAUCAACUUCUUGGAUCGUCAGACUGUCCUCGAAAUCCUCUACGCGCAUCUGGAAGAUUGUCGCGAGAAGGUGCUUGUUAGCAAGAAGGUUACGCGGGUGGAGCACUAUCCAACUCACAUCGUCGCCCAUUGCCAAGAUGGGUCCUCGUACGAAGGCGAUCUGAUUGUGGGAGCCGAUGGCGUGCAUAGUACGGUGAGGCAGUUGAUGUGGAACUACAUGGAGACGCGGGGUCUAUCGCGGGAAGUUGAGCGUGAGAGACGGAGGAUGACCUCCGAGUAUAGCUGUGUUUUUGGCAUUUCAACCCAGACAGCCGGUCUUAUUCCAGGCCACUCUCAUCGAACAUACGCCGAGGGGUAUUCGUUCUUGGUGAUAGUUGGUAAGGAGGGACGGGUCUACUGGUUUCUCUUCACCAAGAUGGAUCGCCAAUAUGCGAGCCAUGAAAUUCCCCGUUUUAAGAAGGAAAAUGUGGAUGAAUAUGUUGCUCCAUGGCUGCGUAAGCCCGUCACAAGGUCUAUCGCCUUCGAGGAGGUCUAUAAAAGAGCUAUCGUCAAAACACAUCUUCCGUUAGAAGAAGCUAAUUACGAGUAUUGGUGCAAGGACCGUUGGGUUAUCAUCGGGGAUUCAAGCCACAAGAUGACACCAAAUGCAGGCCAGGGUGGCAACAGUGCGAUUGAAAGUGCUGUAACCCUCGCCAACAGCUUAGCCAAAUUGCUUCAAAGCAAGCACUCCAUUCAAAUCGACGAUGUCGAUCUAUGUCUGCAAGCCUGGCAGAAAUCUCGCAAACCACGGCUCACGAAGAUUUGGAAUUCCGCUCGGGAUCUGACUCGAUUGGAAGCAUGCGAAACCUUCAAGCACAAGUUAAUUUCGCUGCAUCUAUUGCCUUAUCUGAGAGCAAUGUUACUUGACAAAGCCUCUGCGGAUAUAAUCGGUGCGGAAAAACUUGACUGCUUACCACUCCCGCCAAGGUCACUGCUCGCUACGAUGCCAUACAUCAAUGAAGCGGAGUUUGAAAACCAGCGAGGCUGCUCCUGGAAGCGAGGAUUGUGGUGUAUUCCAUUUCUUGGAUGCUUGGGCGCCGCUCGCGCGACCAUGACGCCUUUAAUUGCUGGGGUGGGGCCGUUCAUGGUAGACUUGUUCGCUCAAGGAGUUUGGACAGCCAGGAAUGGAGAGCGUCUUUCACUGCAGCAACCUCUCUAUCCUAUUCCUUUUCUGGACAAAUUGCUGAAACCAAUGGUCACUUGCUUCCUGCCAUCGAUUAGUGGAACUGAUCCUGUGUCCAGUAUUCAGAUGCGGUCCUUCAUCACGGAUUUAGGUGCAGUUUAUGGAAUUUGGAUGCUGGAGAGUUAUCGUGACGCAAAUUCUCCCAUUGAGGUGUUACUCCCAAUGCUUACAGGUUGUGCGCUCCAGCUGAAAGGCGCCGGACUGUGGGCUCCUAUCUACUAUGCUCUGGAGUACUUCCAAGUUUCCUUUCCGCAGCUACUCUCUCACGGCCGUCAUGAGGUAAAGGCAAACCGCACAAUUUCCCUUGUUAUUGCAAUGCUGGCCGGAUAUUACUUCCCUACAUAUCAAAGUUUCACGGCGUCAACAAUUGAUUCCCGCCGCUGGUGGAACUCGGUGUGGCAACUUUUCCCUGUCGUGGUGCCCGCUCUCGCCGGUACUAUCUCAUGGCUGGCAGGAAAGCCUCAACCGAAGACAGAUCUCAUCAAAUCAAAGGAAGAGCGCAGCAAAAAAAACAUGGCUUUUACCCGUGCGACAUACAUCGGCUUCGCUGCUAUCUCCGGUCUGACCUGGAUUCAUGGCCUACGUUCUGCACCAUCAGACUCCUCGGUCCUGUCCAUAUUCUGGCCUGGCUUGAGUGGCCAACCAUCCCCCGUCACAUCAUUCAUGGGUGGUAUUGCACGCUUCUUACAAUACGACCAAAUCAUCUCCAUGACCAGCGGGUUUAUCUGGCUUGGACUGAGACUGGGUGAGCUCAAGCAAUGUGGUGCAUCAUUCUCUUGGUGGCAGGUUGCUAGUGCGUUUGUGGGAACCACCGCCGCUUUUGGUCCCGGGGCAGCAUUCGCUCUUGGAUGGGGCUGGAAGGAAGAGCUCAUGAAUACUCUGUCGCUCUAGCCUAAAGUCUGAUUUCAAGGGCUAUCUGGGAGCAUGUGGAGGCCUCGCAGACCAAUCUUCAC